GUAAAUUUUCAACGUGUAGAAAAUAUAUGCGAGUCGGAAAUACGGGAACAAUAUGCGCCGUGAGAAAGCUUGAAUCAACGGACGAAUACUGCUAUAUUUAGUUGAUAUAUGACUAUUGAAUUCUUUAUUUUCAGGUUGACCAGAGAUGAAGCAGAGGUAGCAAGUGUGGAGGAAGCUGCUGUGUAGUUGUAGUGAAUUAUUAGAAAGAAUUCUGACAAGGAGAAGGAGGAGAAAGAUAAGAAGGAGUGCAUUCCCCCCAGUAGGAUUACUCUGAUGGUGUGACGGAGAAGAAGGAGGAGGAGGAGGACUUGAUUCUCACAGUGAGGGCUGAUAGUAGCCAAUAAAACACACAGUCAUCAUGGUGCUGUCACAGAGGCAGAGAGAAGAACUAAAUAAAGCUAUUGCAGAUUACUUGCGUUCAAAUGGCUAUGAGAAAGCACUUAUGGAAUUUCAGAAAGAGGCUGAUAUGCCUGACGAAGUAGAAAGAAAGUACAAUGGUCUGCUGGAGAAGAAAUGGACCUCGGUAAUCAGAUUACAAAAGAAAGUUAUGGACUUAGAAAUGAAGCUGAACGAGGCGGAGAGAGAAUUCAGCUCGGGAGGUCCUAACAGGGACAAGCGUUCACCGACAGAAUGGCUCCCCAGACCCCCAGAGAAGUACUCUCUGAGCGGUCAUCGCAGCCCUAUCACAAGGGUCAUCUUUCAUCCCGUCUACAAUGUCAUGGUCUCGUCAUCGGAAGAUGCCACUAUCAAAGUAUGGGACUAUGAAUCGGGAGAUUUUGAGCGUACGAUGAAAGGACACACAGACUCAGUUCAAGAUAUAUGUUUUGAUCACGCAGGCAAGAUGCUUGCUUCCUGCUCUGCUGAUAUGACGAUCAAGCUGUGGGAUUUCACCACCUUUGAAUGUAUGAAGACCCUCCACGGCCACGACCACAACGUCUCCUCCAUCAGUUUCCUAUCGUCAGGAGAUCAUCUAGUCUCAUCCUCCAGGGAUAAGACCAUCAAACAGUGGGAAGUAUCCACUGGAUAUUGUGUGAAGACAUUUACUGGUCACAGGGAGUGGGUUCGUAUGGUGAGGCCAAGUCCAGAUGGUUCUCUUCUGGCUAGUGCUUCGAAUGAUCAGACCCUACGUGUUUGGGUGGUAGCCACUAAGGAGUGUAAGCUGGAGCUACGAGAGCAUGACCAUGUGGUAGAGUGUGUCGCCUGGGCUCCAGAAACAGCAUACCCCACCCUCAAUGAAAUUAAAGGAGUAGAGCUGAACAACUAUGAUGGUCUAGAGAAGAAAGGAGCUCGCUCUACUCCGUUCUUGGUGUCUGGUUCCCGUGAUAAGGCCAUUAAGAUCUGGGAUGUGAGCGCUGGAGCAUGCAUCAUGACUUUGACUGGACACGAUAACUGGGUGAGAGGAGCUGUGUUUCACCCUGGCGGCAAGUUCAUCAUCAGCGUGGCCGAUGACAAGACAUUACGUGUGUGGGACUACAAGAACAAACGCUGUGCAAAGAAAAUGCUGGCCCACGAGCACUUCACUACUUCGCUAGAUUUCCAUCGGUCGGCCCCGUACGUGAUAACAGGCAGCGUGGAUCUAACUAUCAAGGUCUGGGAAUGCCGUUGAUGACCGGCCGAGCGUCGUUAUAAAGCAACCCUUCUCCCACCUCAGUUUAUCCUGGAUAUGCUCUGUAACCAACUACGUCACCUUCACUCCUCUUCUCCUUCCUACUCUCUCCUGUAUGAUGAGGCAAUGCAUAGCCAAGCCAGCAAGCCACCCACCCACCAAGCAGGGUGACUAGGCAGUCAGGGUGGAAUGCAUACAGGAAGACCUUAUCACAAAACAUCUGUUGUAUGUCGGCGCAUGAAUGGUAAUCAUAUUGAAGCACAGUACGUUGAAGCAACUAUAAUAUUUGAUAAACGCUCAUUAGCUCGUUAAAGCUAACAUAGCACAUGUUUAGGACAAAAUACCAUUUAGAAAGCAUUUUUUUUCUUUUUUUAGUUCUACAUUUCAGCAGAUUAGAGGUAUGCACAAAUGAUCUUAAUUAGUAAGAAAUCUAAUAUUGAAGUUAUGAUGAUCAUACAAUUGAUGUACAAGGUACCUAGUGCUUCACAUACCCAUAUAUGCUCUCUUAACAUUCAUGUUGACGUAUCGACAAUGCCGGACUGGAGAGGAGGAGCUGAAGAAGACAAUUUUAAGGCGUGUUUAAAAAAAAAA